UUCCCCCAGUUCUCCGUCAACGAUGGGUCCUUUCCCAUGGACAUUCCUGGUCUUGGGGUAUCUGCUGUCAGGUCUGCGACGCGGAGCCUUCCAGUCCCCGGUUCCCGCCAUGACGCCGAACGAGGAGGAGCUGGUGUUGCCCCUGAACAGGUCAUUCUCCCUGUGGUGCACCGGGGACAGCGAGAUCAGCUGGCGGUUCCCCACGCUGGAUGACGAGAGCUCCGGCGUGGCCAUCCGCAGUGAGAAGAACAACUGCAGCAACUUCCUGUCCGUGCUGGAGGUGGCCAACGCCUCAGCCGUGCACACAGGCCUCUACACCUGUUACUACAACGACACGCAGGCCCAGGGGACCGGGAUCAUAGGCCGGAAUAUCUACGUCUACGUGCCUGACCCUGACGUCACCUUUGUGCCCUCCGUCAUGGUCGACCGCUUCAUCGUCGUGGAGGAAGGCAAUUCCACCGUGAUCCCCUGUCGCCCCACCGACCCGCAGGCGCAGGUGACCCUGCACUCCAGCGAUGGCAAGGAGGUCUCUGCCACCUACGACCGACGCAGAGGCUUCCUGGGUCACUUCGCCACGGGGUCCUACACGUGUGAGACGACCAUCCGUGGCAGGAAGUUCCGGACCCCCGAGUUUAACGUCCACACCUUGCGAGUCUCCCAGGAGAUCGUCUUGGAGAUGGAGGCCCCGAAGACGGUAUACAAGACAGGCGAAACCAUCGUGGUCACCUGUUCCGUCCUGGGCAUCGAGCUGGUCGAUUUCCAGUGGAACUACCCGGGGGAGGCGAGGGACAAGGGAGUCGUCAAGAUGGACAAGAUUACGGUCCCGUCCGUCAAGCUGGUGUUCACCCUCACGGUCCCCAAUGCCACGGCCAAGGACCGCGGCAGUUACGAGUGUGCCGUCGGCCACGUCACCAGGGAGGUGCAGCAGACGAAGAAGGUCACCAUCGCCGUCCUAGAGAAAGGCUUCGUCUGGCUCCAGCCUGUCUCCGACCCGGUGGAGGCCGUGAACCUGCACGCGAUCUGGCAUUUUGACGUGGACCUGGAGGCCUACCCCCCGCCCAGGGUGUCCUGGCUGAAGAACAACGAGUCGCUCACCAAGAACAUGACUGGGAUCUCCACUAGCCUGCAGAAGACCCAUGAGUACAGGUAUCAGAGCAGGCUGAAGCUGAUCCGUGCAAAGGAGGAAGACAGAGGGCACUACACAAUUGUGGUGCAAAAUGAGGAUGAUAUUGCGAGCUACACUUUUGAGCUGCAGGUGCCGGCCUCCAUCUUGGAUCUGGUGGACGACCCCCACGGCUCGGAGGGUCGCCAGACCGUCCGCUGUGUCGCCGAAGGGAUCCCGCUGCCCGACAUCGACUGGCUGAUUUGCGCGGACAUUAAAAUGUGCAAAAAUGAGACCUUGUGGACCCUCCUGGCCACCAACACAUCGGACAUCACCAUGGUGGCCCACAGGGGCGACCGGGACAUGAUUGAGAGUCAGGUGACCUUCCAGCAGGUGGAGGAGACCCUUUUGGUUCGCUGCCUGGCCAAGAACCACCUCGGGGCCGUGACGCGGGAGCUGAAGCUCAAGGCCCCCGUCCUGUGCAUUGAGGUGAACCUGGUUGCUGCCAUCCUGGUGCCCCUGGUUGUGAUCGUCUCCUUCAUCAUGAUGGUCAUCACGUGGAAACAGAGGCCGCGCUCUGUGAUCCGAUGGAGGUACAUGGAGUCCAUGAGCCAGAACCGCCACGAGUCGUUCUGCAUGGAACCGGUGCUGCUCCCCUACGACUCGCGCUGGGAGGUUCCGAAGGACCAGCUGGUGCUCGGUCGACUCCUUGGGUCCGGAGCAUUUGGACAGGUGGUUGAAGGCACUGCAAACGGACUGAGCAAGUCCCAGCCCAAGAUGAAGGUGGCUGUGAAAAUAUUAGGAUCCACGUCUCGAUACAGCGAGAGGCAGGCCCUCUUGGUGGAGUUGGACAUCAUGAUACAUCUGGGCCCCCAUCUGAACGUUGCCAACCUCCUGGGAGCCUGCACCCAAUCAGGACCCAUCUACAUCAUCAUGGAGUACUGCCUCUACGGCGAUCUGGGCGACUACCUGCGCAAGAACCGCAACAGGUUUCUGGCUGUCCACUCGGAGAAGACGGAGGAAGAGCUGGACACCUUGAGCCCCAACGACAAGAGCACCAUUAAUUACACCUGUCUCACAUCUGAAAAAAAUCGGGACGACGCGGACGUGACACAGGAGGUCGGCACGCAGAACGUGUCCAAGUUGGAGAGGAAAGAAUCGUCCGAGCAUGUGGACUUGCAUAAAUGCCUGUGCCCGCGCCCAGGACCACUGGCAAAACCUGAAGUCCUGGACCUCCUGUCAGAUGACGGUUCGGAAGGCUUUGGCGUGCUGGAACUGCUGAGCUUUUCCUACCAGGUGUCCCGCGGGAUGGAGUUCUUGGCUUCGAGAAAUUGCAUCCAUCGGGACCUGGCCGCACGGAACGUCCUGCUGACCCGAGGGAAGAUCGUGAAGAUCGGCGACUUUGGGCUGGCGAGGAAUCUCAAGCAAAACUCCAGCUACAUGGCUAAGAGCUGCAUGCUCCUGCCCGUAAAGUGGAUGGCCCCGGAGAGCAUCUUCGACAACGUGUACUACAGGCAGAGUGAUGUCUGGUCUUAUGGGGUCCUGCUGUGGGAGAUCUUCUCUCUUGGGCGCGCACCCUACCCGGGCAUAACGGUCAACGCCACAUUUUAUGAGAAGAUCAAGAGCGGCUAUCGAAUGCCCAAGCCGGAACACGCCACCAGCGAGGUAUAUGACAUCAUGCUCAAGUGCUGGAACAAGGAACCCGAGAAUAGACCAUCCUUCUACGAGCUGAGCGAGACAGUGGAGACCAUGCUGCCCAGCCACUACAAGGAGAGGUACGAGAAAAUCCAACAGGACUUCCUGAAGAGUGACCACUCGGCCGUGGCCCCGACAAGAGGUGAGAGGGUCAAGCCACACGUGGGUGACACCUGUGAGAACGAGGAGUGGGAGGACAGCUUGGACAGGCGGAGACUCAGCUGCGCCGACAGAGACUACGUCAACCCCCUAUUGGACUCCGACACCAGUGAGGAGGACGACCUCAGCAAGAGUAACAGCUCCCCUAUGUUUGAACACAGCAGCGCCGAGAAGGUUUCCACCAGCUGGUUCAACAUCCAGGUAGAGAACAAGACCGGCGAGGACAUCGACCUGGCGGACAAUGACGCUGACAGCGAAUCGUUGGAGCAGGUGGAGGGCAGCCUCCCACAGUCCCCCCAACCCCCCUAGUCCCGGGAUGCAUCCGUGUCCCCCCCGCCCCUCCCCAUCUGGCCGAAAACCACUUUAUUGCAAUUAAGAAGCCCCAAGAAGCCUCUGGCCUAUACCAAAAGAGGUGAGUGGCCCCGACGGACCCCCGGGGCCCUGGAACUGGGCUCGCUGGGCCCAAGUGGACAUUUCUAGUGUGCACUUCUCAGCAGGGAGGAGGGGGAGAAUCUCAGCAGCAUCUGUGGCUGCCUGGAAAUUCCCCACCCUUGGCCCAAGGCCUCCCUGUCCCUUUGCUGCAGAUGCCACCCCCCACUGCCCCCUGUAAUUAUGUAAAUAGUUGUCCACCCCAGGACGCCAUCCACUGCUCUACCCACCCUGGACCGGAGAAGGGACCGCUCCGGACGCCUGUGGAGUUCUCCUCCUGGAGACCCGGGCCCAGCUCAAGAUCCAAAACCACUUGUGACAAUCCCAGGCACCAGGGCAAUAGCAUCCUCCUCUGUUAACAUUCACGGGAUGCAGAAGGCCAAUGGGAUAUUCACAGGAUGGACAGGAGCCCUCCCCUGAAUGGAUUUCUGCUAGCGUUGAGCCUAGUUGAGUUAGUCGGUGUACUAACUGUGUAUAAUACUACUACUACUACUGUCUUCAAUAGUUCUAUGUGUGGAGCUUGUGACACGUUGUCCUCGAGCCAAAGCACAAUCCCACACGGGGACUCAGGAGGGGCCGGGUUUUUACCAUUCGAAGCAUCGAACCGGAAGUCUUUCUGAGGGGUUGGGUCCCAUAGGGUCGUGGCCACAGCUGAGACGAGAAUGGAGCAGAGAGCAGAGCUCAUCGUCGCAGCUUCUAGCGAAAUCUGAGGAGAAAGUCCUCUGGCCAGGAGCCUAAAGCGGGGAGGCCUGAGGGGCUGCACCUUGCAGGCACCCCCUUUUCUGUGCCCCCUGUGGGGUAGGUCCCCCGAUCUGAGUGGGGCAGGGUUUCUCCUGCCCUCUGUAGUCGAUGGGGAGCAUCGUAUUUGGAGGUGCCCCGAACCAGCCCAGCUGAUGCUGCCAAAAGUCCUAAGCAGUGACUCCGUUCCUCUAGAGCCAUAACAACGGAGGCGGUAGGUUCCUUGGCAGCAUCAGACACCCCUCCCCGCCUAAACUGGCCCGGGUUUCACCCCAAGCCCAUGCAGCCCCGACACCUCUGUGCCCACCUCCCGCUCCAGGCCCCCAGGCCAGCCUAGACCUUGGGAAAGUGACCAGGGGCCAGAGCGGAGAAAGAAUCUCCAGCUUGGCCCUGGAUCAGGCCCGACUGGGUCACACUUGACCUCUGAAGCCCAGGCACCAGCCAACCCUUGGUUUCUGUCCAUUCCCCACUGCCCUGAGGAAGCCACAUGAUUUCUCGUGGGUCCAUAGGGCAGGAGGUGGGGAGGUCAGCUUUCCCUCCAAGGGGUUCCUGGGUUCAGCCCCGAAUGGGCAGCGGGAGCCUCCAGGAAGAGCCAGCUCAGCUUCCACUUCUGCAUUCCUUCUGGGCAGGCAUGCCCCAGAAGGGCCAGAAACAGCCCCCCGACGCUGCUGCUACUAUGUCCCCACCCUGGACCUUGUACGGGAAGAACCAAGGGUGCGGAGGCCACUAAGGUUCACUCAGGACCCGGCCCGGCCCGAUAGUCCCACCUGUGAAACCGAGCGCAGGGCGUCUCCCCUACUGCAGCCCAAACAAUUCCUACCUCAUUCUGGCUUCCUGCCUCAUUCCAGGGCCCACCCCACUCUCCGCUCCCUGGUCCAGGCUUAGUUGGGGCAGGUUCCUCGGAGGAGACCUCUGUGUCCACGCGAUUCUCGUUGUGCCCUUGGGUCGCCCCUGCCCUCCUCUCUCCAUCACGACAAUCAAAGCCCCCUCCCGCUGGGAGAUGGCUUUCCUCCUGUCCCCACCCCACAUUUCCUUAGGAACGUGGCGUGUCUGCUUGGGAAGACCGCCCCGGCUUUGCCCAGAGGGCUAGUCGAUAAUGGUGAUGUUAUACAUCUGUGUGGGGUAGACAAUAAUGGUGAUGUUAUACAUCGGUGUGUGUAUAUUUAGUUCUAGAUAGGCAACUAGAAUACUGCCAAAACAUUUAUGACAAGCUGUGUCACUGCCUUUUGUUUAUAAUUUUUUUUUUGUACUGUGAUAGUCCCCUACAGGCACGUAUAACUGUUGCACUUUGGAAAAGUCCCAAACGACUGAUUAGAGAUAAUAAAAGUUGAAGUGUU